CCCGUUCGCCAUAUUCUUGUUCUCCUCGAUAAAUAUUGUUAGGGUUUUAUCCUACGAGCAUCUUAAAUCAUAGUACUGAUCGAAUUCUUACUAUUCUUGCGUAUUUGAAUGCACUAAACCAAAGGAAUUCAACCGAAAAAGAACGAAAGAAAUAAAAACACAAAGGAGAGAAGCAUGGAGGGAGGGGGCGAGGAGGUCAGCAUAGAGGAGCUCUCUUCAAAUCUCUAUACUUACAGACAACAGCUUCAAGAGGUCAGGAAGCUUUUGAAGGAUGACCCUGGAAAUUCCGAGUAUGCUGAUGUGGAGAAAGAGCUUGUGGAGGUGUCUGCUAUGUGUUGUGAUGGCCAAUCUACUUCUACCCCUGUGAUUGCUUUGACCGAAGAACUUUUAGCAACUGCACAUGAAGAAGCUGGGAAUUCUGGAGUGGGCAUUGGGACAAGUGCUGAUUUAUCCCCUGGUUUUCACCAUUCUGGAGGUACCUUUCAGAAUGAUGCUGUCUCAAGUGGAAUGUAUGAUGGUCACAAGCUUCCUAUUGGUGCUCAAGUUCAAGCUGUUUAUAGUGAAGAUGGCGAAUGGUAUGAUGCAACAAUUGAGGCUCUUACACCAAAUGGAUAUUUGGUUGCUUACAGUGGGUGGGGAAAUAAGGAAGAGGUUGAUCCUGCUAAUGUUAGGGCUAUAGAAGAAGGUAUUGUUGAUCCCCUUCUGGAAGCUGAAAAGGAAGCAGAAGCCACUAAGCUAGCUCUUAAACGUAAGAUUGCCCAAGCAGCUACUGCUGACGUGGACUUUCAGUCAAAAAGCUUACCCGCAAAGCUUCGUAUUGAACCUGAAGAUCCCGAGGAUGUGAAAGCUGCUAAGCGGAAGAAGAUACAUGCUUUCAAGUCAAAGAUGAGAAAGGAACAAAUUGAGGUUACACAAAAUAAGAGACAAAAUGCAUGGCAACAAUUUCAAACCACCAAAGGUCGUGCUAAGAAGAUUGGGUUCUUUUCGGGGCGCAAGAAGGAAAGCAUAUUUAAAUCUCCUGAUGACCCUUUCGGGAAGGUGGGUGUGACUGGAAGUGGGAAAGGUCUGACGGAUUUCCAAAAAAGGGAAAAACAUUUACAUCUCAAGGGAGCUAAUGCUGAAAACACUGAGGAUUAACUAGAUAUAAUAUAUAUGCUUGUACAACUUUCCAGAUAUGUUGGCUGAUAUUUUUCACUUGUUUUAGAUGGU